ACCACUCCUAUAAUUUCUAAGCGCCUACACAUUAACGUCUCUUGAACGGAGAAAGGCCAAGGCCUAGAUUUCUAGGAUUUCUGAACAUGGUCCAUCCAAUUCGACUCCCACAAAAUCAACGGUCUGGAUCAGGAAACGAUGCUCCCGCUCGCACCGACGACACUGUAAAACCCUACAAUCUAAAUUCCCCAACGGAAGCUCAUCAAUUCAACAGCGUGGCGGGAGUUCUCGCCCCUGUACGAUUGCCAUCCCUAUCUAUCUAACAAUGUCUGCCCUAAUUCGGCGAAAAGCUCCGAUCUUCCAUUGCAAGCUUUCUCUUUAUCGCAAAUUCACCACGCGCAGCGUCUUCGAUGUGUCCGUCUCCGCAGAAAACGCAGACAACGGCCUCUACGGCUUUGAAAUCUUGAAGACGGCCAAAGGCUUCCGACGGUUUGUCGACGAGGCGAUCGAAAGAUCGGGAGAGCUCAUUUCGCACAUCUCUCAGCUGCCUCCGUCCAUUGAAAUCAUCCGUGUGAUGGACGAGAUUUCUGACACUGUUUGUUCUGUUGUUGAUUCUGCCGAGCUCUGCAGAAAUACUCAUCCUGACAGGGAAUUCGUAGAGGAAGCAAAUAAGGCAUCCUUGAAGAUAUACGAAUAUCUACAUUUUCUGAAUACAAAUCAUGAUCUAUACAAUGCGGUGAUAAAAGCUGAGCGAGAAGGUCUUUUGCAAACAAAAGAAGCUCAAAGGGCAGCGCAUACUCUACGUGUGGACUUUGAGAAGGGAGGCAUCCAUCUCUGCGCAGGGAAAUUGGAACGUGUUAAUCAGCUGAACAUUGAGAUUGCUCAACUUGGCCGAGAUUUCAGUGAAAACAUUAUCACCGAUCCUGGUUUUGUGGAUAUAUUUCCAGCCUCACGAAUUCCAAAACAUAUGCAACAUCUUCUUAAGCCCAUUUAUCGCACCAUGUCUGGUGCAUCAAAGGAACCACUAGGAUCAAGAGAUAUGGUAAAAGAAAAGGGAUUCCGUGUGACAACAGAUCCGGGUACUCUAUCCUCUAUACUGAAAUGGGCAUCAGAUGCUGAGUUCUUGGAAUAUUUUGGGAUUUCUUUACAGGUCAGGAAACAAUCAUACACAUCAGGAAAUUCAGUUCCGCGUGCGAACCUUGGUGUCCUUGAUAAGCUUAUUGCAGCUCGUCAUGAGCUUGCAGAGAUAAUGGGGUAUAAAUCUUACGCUCAAUUUGCAGUUCAUCCAAAUAUUGCAUCAUCACCAGAGGUUGUGAUGCCCUUUUUGCUUGAUUUAAGCAAGAUUGUUAGGCAUAAGGCUGAUGAGGAGUUUAAGGCAAUUAGGGAUUUCAAGAGGAAAAUAUGCAAUGAAGAUUGUGCAGACUUGGAGCCAUGGGAUGAAGCUUAUUUCAUGGGAAUGAUGAAGUCUUCUACCUUCAACUUAGACUCCUCCGUUGUAGCAUCAUAUUUUCCCUUAUCACAAUGCAUUGAGGGUUUGAAAGUGCUGGUCAAAUCAUUGUUUGGUGCAACAUUCCGUAAUAUCCCUCUUGGACCGGGUGAAUCUUGGCAUCCAGAUGUGCUUAAAAUGUCACUCCAUCAUCCUGAAGAGGGCGAUUUGGGGUAUCUGUACCUUGAUUUGUACUCUAGGAAGGGCAAGUAUCCGGGCUGUGCUCAUUUUGCCAUUAAAGGUGGGCGCCGACUAUCUGAGACAGAAUAUCAGCUUCCUGUUGUAGCCCUGGUCUGCAACUUCUCUGCUUCACCUGGGUCAUCAACUGCAAGGCUUAAUCACUGGGAAGUGGAGACUCUUUUUCACGAGUUUGGACAUGCUCUUCAUUCGCUGCUUUCAAGAACGGAUUAUCAGCAUUUCUCGGGUACCAGAAUGGUUCUUGAUCUAGCCGAAACACCUGCAAACCUUUUUGAGUACUAUGCAUGGGAUUAUCGAGUUCUGAGGACAUUUGCUAGACAUUAUUCGUCUGGUGAAGUGAUACCUGAGAAACUGGUAGAGUCAAUGAACGGUGCCAGAAGGAUGUUUGCAGUGACAGAGUUGCAGCGUCAGAUAUUCUUCUCAUUGAUUGACCAGACGCUUUUUGGGGAACAAUCAGCCCCUCAAAGGGAUACAGUUUCAAUUGUUGCAGACUUAAAACAGCAGUACACCAGUUGGAACCAUGUAGAGGGUACUCAUUGGCAUACUCGGUUCAAUCACCUUAUAAAUUACGGCGCAGGUGAUAUUCACAAUCCAACUAUGCUUUCUAUCAACCAUCUUCACAUUAACGAUAAUUUGGGAUUGGUGAGUGUAGGUUACUAUAGCUAUCUGUAUGCAAAGUGUUUUGCUGCGACCAUAUGGCAGGAGGUAUGCCUUGAGGACCCGUUGUGCUUGAACACAGGAUCUGUCCUGAGAACAGAAUUCCUGCAGCAUGGAGGUGCAAAAGACCCGUCUCAUCUGUUGAAGGAUUUCAUGGGCGACCGUGUUUUAAGAUGUUGUAAUGGGGGAAUAGUCCCUGAUGCUAGCAGCCUGUUUAUAGAGAUGAACUUGUGACAGAUUGGUAGUUCCUCUUGCAGAGUAGCAGCAGGCAAUUCAUCUUUUCAAGCUGAGAGGUGGGGACAGAUAGGAUAGUCAGUCGCUGGAAUGAUGGUUCCCCAUAUCAUAGUGAGCAGCAAUGGAGGGGCGUGCCCAAAGGUGUUGAGGGAGUGAUACUGAACCACUUUUAGGUGUAUGGUGGGCAGUUCUGGCUCCAGAUGAAGAUGCCUUGGUGAAUUGUUAACAAUAUGCUUGUCUGGGUGGCUGUGAUCACCAUUAAUUCUGAGCUUGUCUAGUUUCAAGAUAAUGCAAUGCUUGGCUAGAAAACUGCAUUUGCAUUCA